UGCAUAUUCCCACUACGGCCCCAUCUAGCUCCCUCCAUCCUCUCGCGCUAUGGAUCAUAUUGAAUUAUAGGGUAUCAAGAGAGGAACAAACCAUCGUAGGCUGGUCCGCUCUCAAAAAUGGCUUCGGCUCCCAUUGCCUCGGCAUCGGAACAGCCUUUGACAUCCACAAACCCCCAACUAGGACCAGAGCCAUACUUUACAUACCCCACGCCCACUCCAGAUCAACUAGAAGAAGAGCUUCCGCCUUAUUUUGAGAAUGAGAAUGUUUCAUUAGGGUUAGUUCUGGAUCGGUUCGCUCGAAAAGGGAACCAUGAUCUCAGAGUGCUCCUUGGCGAAGUUCUUCCUCAACUUUCCAUUCGUGAACGACCAAAACCUAUAAUAGAAUAUGCUAAAACCACCCGACAAGCACUCCUCAAAUAUCUCGCUGUCCUUCGAUGGAAGACCUCUGUCGACAUUGCAUCUACAAGCACCGGAUCAUCCGUCGCGAACACAGCAGGUCCAGCAUCUUUUCCUACGCCCCAUUCCAAUAAUGAUCCCAAUGACAACUCUCCAGAUGCCUUCGCAGGAAAAGGCAAAAGCAAGACUCAAGCGGAUGAAUCGGUCAUCAAGGGCAAAGUGACAGAUGCAAAACGAAUUGCGCACUUUAUGGAACAUCAAAAUCAGCAACAUGAAGUAGCAAUCGAGCAUGUCAAGCAUGUCACCAAAGUAGUAGAAGGCUUGCGUGAAAGGAACCCCGACCUCCUUACAGCCUUAUCCCUCCUCGCUACCGGCACCUACAAUCGUCUUCCCGCAUCGCUUGUCGACCCUUACUUACCCAAACCAGUUUUAACAAAUUCUGCCAUUCUUAAAGUCCUCCGUCGGCUCAAUCGUCAAAUCAGAUACCGCCUUCGCUGCCUCGACUAUCUUCCUCCAGAGCUCAUUGUUGAAGAUAUAAAAGAUGGUCGGAUGUACGCCCGAGGGGAUGGAUGGAGAGCGGAACUUACAGUUGUCGGAUUUGAGGAUACUAGCCGAUGGUGGUUGACAGGAGUAGAGUGGGGCUGGAAGGCAAAGGAGAAGGGCGUGGAUGACCCUGGAGGCAGGGUCACCAAGAAAUUUACCGGCGAAGAAAGACAAGGGAUCUUAGAUAUUGCGAAUGGCGAAGUUUUACCUCCCAGAGAAUUACCUGAGAAUGAAAUGGAGGUGGAUACGGUCAUAACAGAGGAUCCCCAGGUGAAGAAGAGUGAAGUGGUCGAAGUAGUCAAGAAGACUGUUGAUGCGCCGUUAGUAAGGGUAUACAAUUUGCUUCAACACUUGUCAUUAUCAUAUCGGCUAGAAGUGUUGUUCACCCAAGCAAUUGCUCUUAGUCAGGGCAAGUGGAGAGGGCAACUCAUUCCUGAAAUGGAUCGCGAGGAUAAGACUUUACGAUUGAAAUACUGGCUCCGUGAAAGACCCAUGCAAGUACAGCGUCAAGACUCCACUUCCAUUAAACGUCCUCAAGCACCGGCAACUCUUCCCGCAUCUCGUCAGACAAUGGUGGGCGGCAUCAUCCACAUUACUCUGGCGGAAAAGACGACUCCUCGUUCCGAAUUGGAUAACCUCCUGAGCGAUAUAGCAUGCGGUGGACUCGUUCCAAGCGAGAGGGUGCUGAGAUUGGAAUUAAAUGUCAAAUGGGUUGUUGAUGAAGCUGGUGUAGGCGGAGGAUUAAAAUCUGGUGACGUUAUGGACAACAGCAUGCUUCAUUUGGAUCCCGAUGCUCUAAGCGUCGAAGAUCUGCUUCACGUCUGCACCCGUACCCAUGCCUCUCAUCUUACCCGCUCCCAUGGCACCUCCCUCCUCACAUCGCCCCGCUUCCUCAAUGCUUCUUCCGUUCAACCUUCUCUUCAAGAAUCCACCGAUCCAUCCGCCCGUCCGCUUACUCUUCGAGUACCUUUACCUUCCCGCUACGCCGUUUCUCAUCUGCUUAUCGGCGUCUCUUCCUUCAGUGGGCUGCUGGAAGUCGAGGAUGAAGGUGCAAAGGGAAAUGAUGCUAGAGCAGAAAGGGCGGCUAUGAGCAUGAAGAGUGUGAACGAGGGCAAGACAAAGCUGGUUGAUGAUAUCACCAGGCUGACGACUGCCGUAAGUUCGGUCAACAAAUGGUUCAUAAACGUCAAAUACUGA